AUGUCGUCGAAGGUGGCUCUGAAGGCGAAAGGGAAAUCAAGCAAAGGAUCAAAGCCAUCACCUGAUAAUUCACCAUCAAAGCUCUUGAAGGAAUGGAGCACAUGGACCAUGAAGAAGGCUAAAGUCAUCACGCACUACGGAUUCAUUCCGUUGGUUAUCAUCAUCGGUAUGAACUCCGAGCCUAAACCCUCAAUUUCUCAGCUUCUCAGCCCCCGAUGGCCGGUAAUGGUGUCGAUGACCAUGGGUUUAGAGGAUCAUGGUGGUGUCAUUGGGUUUAGGGAUGAGUAUACGAAAGUAGAAGAAGAGUUUGAGUCGUGGUCUUCUUGGUCAUCAGAGGUAGAAGAAGAGUCUGAGUCGUGGUCUUCUUGGUCAUGA